AUGAUGGCCUCCCCCGCCUGGUCCGCCAUGCGCCAACCACUCCCCCUCCUCCUCCAAACCUUCCAAGGCCUCUCAACCGAAAACGAAGACUUUUGGUUCCCCGCCUGCGCCUACUUCUCCCGCGAAUCAUACCCCGCCGGCACAGUCUUGUACCACGAAGGCGACGCCCCACGCGCCUUCUACCUCCUCGAGUCUGGCAUGUUGCGCGCUGGCUAUGACCUCCCACAGGGCCGCUACUUCGAGCUCAUUGUCGCUGGUCGACCGUGCGGCGAAUUGCCUUUCUUCAGUGAUACGCGCCGCACGGCGACGGUUAAGGCUGAGCGUGAUUGUGUGACUUGGUGUUUGACGGGAGUGCAGUGGAAAUCGAUGCAGGAGAAGGAGCCGCGCAUUGCCCGUGAGCUGUUGACUGUUAGCUUGAAGUUGACGACUGAACGCAUGGAUAGUAUUACCUCAUAUGUUUUGACGAUGGCGGCUUGA